CUGGUUGGAGCUCCUGCCAUGGAGGCGCUGGCUUUCACAGAGGGGCCCAACCCUCACAAUGACCCCCAAACAGCAAGAAACUAUAGGAUUACCCUGUGUCUUGCAGCAUGUAUGGUCAUCUUGAUGCUGGUUUUACUUCCAUUUUUUAUAGCCUGCAUGCUUCUCCAUCACAAACAGUCACCCAAGACUUGCUGCUUUCAUGGAUCCUCUCCAGUCCCUUCCGAUGAGACCAUCCAAUGGGAAUGGGAACCCAGUUGCCCUGGCUCUGCACUGACUGCAAGUGGCUCCUCCCUGGAAGUCUUGGAAAGUGGGAUGUAUUUUGUCUAUGCUUAUGUGGCCCUUAAGGAGGAGGCCUCGACUGAUCAUCACUUUACUGUUCACCUGAUCGCCGACUCUCAAGUUCUCAGUGUUUUCCAAGGGUCCAAUGUGAUGCGUGCAUUUAUAAACAUGGGAAGGCCGUAUUUCCUGGAAAAUGGAAAAAAGUUGCACUUGGAGAUUAAUGAAGGACUCACACAUAUUGACAGCAAUAGAACUUACUGGGGGAUUUUAAAAAUUUAACAAAGGCUUUUACUAAGUUGAAAGCACUUGCAGAAUAAAUUCCUGAGGGGGAUUCUGGAUUUCUCAGCACUACACCAAGGUGUUUGCCCAUGUUCCUGCAGGUCGGCUGGUUGCCCAGUCUUUGCCUUACAUUUUCCAAGACCAUAUGCUUUGGCUUUGCUUCACUCCAGCCAACUGGCAGACUGAAUCUUCUUGCACAAAGGAAGCAGAAACUGCAACACCUUGACUCACCCAAGACACAUUUGCACCAUUAAAAUAUCCCGCCUAGGUCCCCUAAACCAAAGAUGGACGGAAGGUGAACCUAGAUGUACUGGUAGAUUUCUGGGUAAUGUGCAGUAAAUUUGCAAGGAUUUCUGACUCCCAAUUGUCUUGUAAUAUUAUUUUGCCAUUCCUUGAACCAUGUACUAAAAUGCUCUGUG